GUCAGAGCGCCGCCGGCCGAAAUGGGUCACCCGGCGGCCGAGCAGGACUCUGAGAGAGCGGCCGCACUGGCGCCUCUGACCGGGCAGCCGAUCAAAGAAGAACAGGGAUGCCUCGCAAGAUUCACAAACAGUAAAGCUGUCAAUAAAGGACGCAAUCUGAUAAGCUACUGGAUUCUCGGAUUCGGCAACAAUUUCACCUACUGGGUGCUGAUCACGGCGGCGGUUGAUAUUCUGGCUCGGACUGGGGCUCAGGGCUGGCAGGGUGGCUCUGUUGACCUUCCCGGCUCGUAUGCAAACAUCAGUGAUCUCCAGGAAUCUGACGCUACUACACACGCCAGAAUGUGCAAAAGCACAUCCGCAGGGGCGCUGCUGGUUGCCGAGACGCUGCCGGCCGCUUCCAUUAGCAUCUCCGCGCUGUUCUUCCUCAAGCUGCCCGUGAACGUGCGGGUCUUCUUGGUGGUGUCGCUGUGCCUCACCAGCUACCUGGCUCUGGCCUUCUCCGCACACGUGUGGCUAGACUUUGCCGGCGUGUUGUGCGCCUCGGUCAGCCGGGGGUUCAGCGAUAUCACCUUCCUGUCGUACGCCGGACAAUACGAGAGGGACGUUCUCUCCACCUGGUCAUCGGGCACCGGCGCGGCCACGUUCGUCGGGCCCCUGAUCUACUCCGCCAUGGUCUCGGCCGGGUUCAGCCCGCGCAGGGUCCUCCUCACCAUGGUCACCGUACCCAUCAUGAUGGGCCUCAGUUUUUGGGUGAUACUGGGCCGGCCGCAGCCGUCGGAGCCGGGCCUGCAGAUGAAGCAGCUGCAGGCGCGCUCCAUGCAGCCCGUGGAGGACAGCACCAAGACGCGGAUGCUGCAGAGACUGCGGAUAAUGCAGACAGCAUUUAAGCUGAUUCUUCCGCUGUGUGUAUUUUACCUCGAGAUGUACUUCAUUGGCUCUGGGCUGCUGGAGCUGAUAUAUUUCACUGGCGGGGUCUGGCUGACCCCGUCUCAGCAAUACAGCUGGUACAUCACCAUCCACUGUUUCGGCGUCAUGGUGGCCAGGUCGGGACACAAAUGGUUCCACACGGACAAAUUGUGGUUACCCGUGAUAUACCAGAGUAUGGUACUCGUCUUUCUCUUGUCGGAGGCACACUUCCGUUUUCUGCCGAGUGUUUGGAUUAUGUUCGGCAUUCUACUCAUCCAAGGCCUGGUAGAGGGAACAGAGUUCAAGUCGACUAUGUUCAAAAUCUACAACGAGGUGGACGAGGCAGACCGAGAGGAAUGUCUGGCCAUGAUGCCGGUGGCGUUCUUCUUUCCGGCGGUCAUGUCCGGCCUGGCUGCCAUCCCCGCUCACACAGCCCUGUGUCGGCUGCGCUGAGGAGUCGGGGUCGACCGACGCGGCAGCGGUGGCGACGUAAGACGAAGGUGACGACUGGUGAUGAAGUUAGACGACUGCGACGACUGGGGACGAGUUUAGACGACGACGGUGGUUGGUGAUGUUGUUCGACGGACAGAUGGCUGUUGAUGACGUUAGACGAAGGCGACGGCUGGGGUUAGACGCCAGACGGACAGACAGCCGUUGAUGAAGUCAGACACAGACGGCCGCUGAUGAUAUGGGCGGCGCGGCUGGCGACGGAAGAAUGAUGACCGGGAGGCGGUGAUCGCGCCCGCAGGACGGAACGAAGGAGUAGAUGUACGAGCAUGCGGAACUGGGUUCCGCAGUUCCGCUCGUAAUCAUGCGGAACUGGGUGUGUGAUUUGUGGGCUCCAGGGAUCUGUUGGGUGGCGGAUGUGUUGGGUGGUGACAGGAGCACGUUAAGGGUUCUGGAUUUCCGUGGGUGUUCACAAUGUGAUCGCACUCUGCGGCGGCUGUCUGUUCGAAUGCUGGUGCCAGAGUUGAAAGCUUGUCCAAUCUGUCCGAGCUUUGUGCCUUAUGUGGUGACAUUUGUUCUGCCGUCCAUAUCAGGCCUGGGCUAAUGAUCACAAACCAUUUCCGGUAUACUUGGGGUGCCUUUGAUGUUUGCUUUUUGCUCUCACUUAUAAGCGUCAGUGCCUAAGGUGCCGAAAUUAUCAGACUGUGUCGGUGAAUAGUAACUAUAUAUAGUUAGUUCGCCAGUUCAGUAUCGUGCUGGUCAUUGUAUGCCCACAAUUUUCUCGUCGAGAAAUUAAAUACACAUGCCUUUAAAGAUAAUCAUCAACAUUAGAUGUCAUCCAUCGCUUUUAAAGAGAGGAGCUGGUACUGCUUCCAUGCAGAGUGUUCAAAGUGCUUUUCAUUAAACUCCAGAUUCUCACGUCUCCUGAAGCAUGGCGUCAUGUCAUCAUUUUCAAUGUUGCACGACCUUUACCACGGCACUGGUAGUUGAUACUGAUGCAACAAAUGCACUGGGGGUCUGUAGACGUGACUGUUUCUGCUUGCUUUUUAACACAUGUGCACAGGGGUGCGAAUGUAUAUGGCUGUCAUAUUUCACACCCGUUUGAUUGCUUGUGAUUCAAUGGAACAUUGAAUACACGCCUGCAAUACAUGUGCAUUUAUCGUGCAA